AAAAAAUUGAACAUCGGAAGUUGAAAGCAAUGGCGGACGAUGAGGCGAACGGUGAUAUUGGUGGUGAUUCCGAUGAAGUUCAGCAAGAGAAGUCGCAGAAAAAAACAGCAAAAUAUGACAGUGGAGCAGCAGAUCUUGAGAAGGUUACAGAUUAUGCGGAAGAGAAAGAAAUAUUUACUGCCGAUCUCUCAGGAGCAAUGACAAUCAUUGGUGAUAGACGUAAUAAAGAAGCGGCCGAAAAAAUGGCAAAGGAACGAGAACUCUUAAAAGUGUCAAUCAAGAAAGAAGACGUUGAUUUAAUUAUGCGAGAAAUGGAAAUUUCAAGAAGCCUGGCAGAACGCACAUUACGAGAGCAUCAUGGAAAUGUUGUAGAGGCAUUGGUGUCACUCACAGACUAAUUAUCAGCUGGAUACUGUGACAUCUGAUACAAUUAUAAUUGUUUCAUAAUGACAUUAGUAUGUAGGGACAUCUGGUGUGUGAAACAACCAUUCCGUUGAUGGUUAAGAAGCAAUAUUGUUAUAAAUAAAAUGAGAUAUCACGUGUGGUUCAGAAGUGGGAACUUUACUGUACAAAUUGUGAAAAUAAUACAAACUGAAAUAUUUAAACCUGCAGAAUUUCUCUGCACCAAUCCUUAUCCCUCCCUUACGUUGUAAAUGGACAAUAAAAUGUAACCCUUAAACAGGGAAAGUUCUCUGAACAUCUGCUUCAUAUCAGGGAAAUUAUAGUUCUUUUAAUAACUGUG